AGUCAGGCGCGCGCGCAACUCGCGAUCACGUCUCACGGUUCGCGCGGAUCCGCAGUGCGGGUAUUGUGUUCACUCGCGAUAAGUUCAAUUAAAACAAAAUGAAACUACACAUUAAAGCAUUCGAUGCCAUACCGGCGCGGCUUGUAGUGGGGAUCAUGAUGUUCUUCGCGUGCUGGGUCAACUACAUGAUGAGGGUCAACAUGAGCGUCAAUAUCAUCGCCAUGGUGCCCGACAACAAAAAUGCCACGUCAGUGAAAAGCCAGUGCGAGGCCAUCGUGACGAAUGACAGCGCCCUCUACAACGAGACGGCGUUCGUAGUGACACGCCGACCACGACAGCCUGAAAACGUGGUGACCUUCGACUGGACAGCUCAGGAGCAAGCCUACGUCUUGUCAGGCUACUUCUGGGGGUAUGCAGUCACCUGUCUGGUGGGGGGCACGGCGGCCGAGAUGUGGGGCCCUCGGAAGGUGGUCUUCAUCACCAUGCUGAUCACCUCCAUCCUGACAAUAUUGUCUCCACAAGCUGCUCGUCUCCACUACUUGGUGUUGGUCGCUGUCAGAAUUGUUAGCGGUCUUGCAUCAGGUUUCCUAUUCCCAGCUCUUCACGCAUUAGUGGCGCAUUGGGCACCCCCUCAAGAGAAGGGCAAAUUCGUGAGCGCUCUGCUGGGAGGGGCCAUCGGGACCGUUGUCACGUGGUCCCUCACUGGCCCUCUCAUCGAGAAAUUUGGCUGGGACUAUGCGUUUUACAUACCAGGAAUUAUAUCUACAGUUUGGUGCCUGCUGUGGCUCGUACUGGUGUAUGAUUCACCCGUGAAACACCCCCGCAUUUCGGACAGCGAAAAGAAAUACAUUCUGGAAGCUUUAGGUGACAAAGUCCAUCAAAGCGCAAAAGACACAAAGAUCGUGCCGCCAUUCAAAAGCAUCUUCACCUCUCUUCCGUUCCUGGCCAUGGUGAUUCUGCACUAUGGCAGCAACUGGGGGCUAUACUUCGUGAUGACAGCAGCCCCUAAAUUCGUCUCCAGUGCCCUUGGCUUCAACCUGACUUCCACUGGCACUCUAUCUUCGCUGCCAUAUCUUGCUAGGAUGAUUUUCUCUCUAACUUUUGGUGCUAUUGGAGAUAGGAUCGUGAAACAGAACGUAGUCUCCACGACAUUCAUGAGGAAAUUCUUCUGUCUGUUCUCUCACGUGGUGCCUGGCUUGCUGCUCAUUGCAUUAGGCUACACGGGCUGCGCGCCGAUCCUCUCCAUAGUCCUCAUCACCUUCUCCAUGGGGUCCAAUGGCGCUGCCACGCUCACCAACUUGGUGAACCACCAGGACUUGGCGCCAAACUUCGCGGGAACUCUGUACGGAAUCGCCAAUGGCAUCGGCAACACUGCUGGAUUCGUUACUCCAUUAGUGACAGCUCACUUCACGAAGGAUGGCAACGGGUUUGCGGAGUGGCGGCCGGUAUUCAUAACGGGGGCUUCGCUGUACAUCGCUUCGGCCGUGUACUUCAUUCUGUUCGGGACUGGUGAGACCCAGAGUUGGAACUACGUAGCUCCCGUGGAGGAAGAGCGGGACAAGAGGCCUAGCGCUAACUCCACUAACUCUACCGACACCGCCGUCACCGUGACGAUCCCCGUCAAAACAUAGAAAUUGGACAAGUCUAGUGUUAGAAUACCAAUGUUUUUUUAUUUAUUCUUGCCAAAAAUUAACGGCAACAGAUGACACGUGUUGAAGGAGAGACGAAUAAAUAGUUAAAUAUAGAAGUAUUGUGUUGAUUAACGGUACUAAAAGUAAUUAAUUUUUAAGUCGUUCAUGACGUUAUUGUUAAGCUAUUUUGUAAAAAUAUUAUCUGAAUUAUUUAUAGUUUGUUUUCCAUUCAGAAGUACCUAAUGUAAAACUUUCCAUGAGUAUUAUUGCCAUAGCUAAUACGGUUGCGAAUGGUUACGAAAUGUAUUGUUGGUAUGGGUUGAAAUACAAAUGGUACAAUAAACGAUUUACAUAAGUAUUCAUCGGAUGUUAAAGUGUCGACAUUUCAACGGCAGCUCCAACUGGGUUACUCGUUGUCGGUUAAGUUGGGUAAUGUGGUACUUGUCACGUGCGAUAGCUGUCAUAAUUGUAUUUCGUAGUAGACGUCUCUUUUUAUUGAUUGAAUAUUUCCACGAUAUUUUUACUUAUGAAAAAAUCAAAAUUUUUAUGAAAAUACGUGAACUAUUUACAUGUUAUUAGCGUCUAGUUUAAGUUAAAUUAACCGUAUUUGUAAUGUAUUUAUUUUAUUACAAUAAAUAAAGACAAAGUAAAGACAUUAUAAAGCCUAGAUUGUUAUGGAAUAAGAAUGAUGGGCUCUGAAUUAAGUAACUAACACACCGUGCGGUACGGUUGAUCUCAAUUUUACCGUUACACUGUCCUGUCAUGUAAUUCACGAGAAGUUACUCGUAGGUACCUAUCGUACGAAUAAAUAGAAUGGAAAUUCCUUGGAAAAUAGAAUAUUUUCACGGAAAAUCUCGUAGUUAUAAAAUUGAAACAGAAAAUAAGUUUUUAUACUUAUGUAGUCCACGUAACUUUUAUUCAUACGAUCGAUAGGUAUUAGGUAGGUAGAUCUUUGAAUCACAUGAUAGGACAGACUGUUUAAGUUUCUGUAUAUGAUAGGACAGUGUGUUAAUAAAGGUUGGACCGCAUUUGCGCGGCACUGCACGGCGCGACACAAAGCGUCAAAUUAUUCUUUCAGUCAUUUUGUAUGGAGUAUGUCGCAUUAGGGAGCAGCACAGUUGCUUACGAGAUAAAUUUUUUUGACGAGCAGUGCAGUGCUGCGUAGCGCCGCGCAAAUGCGAUCCGACCUUUAGUUCGCAGCAACAUGCCUGUAUUAAAAUUUUUGUUUCUUCAAUGAUUCUAAAUCAUUUACACAAGUAUUAUUUAAAACAGAUAUUUAAAAUCAUACAGGUUGUAUGUUAUUAGAUUAAGCAAAAAAUAUAUUAAUGAUGUAGGAUUUGUACCAAUAUUGAUUAAGAGAAUAAAAAAAAAUUAUAUCUAGAACUCUAGGUACAUUUUAGCCCAUUUAUUUGGUAGACUUAGAUUUUUGUUAUUUCAAUGUCAAUGUUUUAUCAAAAAAUCGGGCUCGAUAUUAUAUGUUAUUAAGAUUUUUAAAUACCUACAUCAUAGAAAUAAGUUUAAACGUUGAGUUUUUAAGACUGUGAUGAAUUUGUGCUCAGUGCGUGAAUAAUAUACAUUUAUAUUGA